AGAUAACCGAAGUGGAGUCACUCGCAACAAUUAACAAUUUGUACGCGGUUUUGUCUUGUAAGGAAUGACACUCCUCGAUUCUCGCUUUGUUCGUUCAAUUUAGCCCCAUUUAUCUAAACGUUCAGUAGUGAAUGCUCACUUGCUCGUGUCAUUGUUAUGCCUCGGUAUUACCGAGUUCGUUAAUGCCUCGUCCCACAGUGAAUGGUAUUUUUAAAAUUAUCUUAUUAUUCGCGUCGACGACGGAUUAUUAAAUCGAAAUCAUCAAAGUCAUGGAUAUUAACAAAUUGAAGCGAUUUUUUUCGGCUCCAUCGUCCGAAGAAACCGGCGAAGUCGGAAACGCUCAACCGGAAAUUGGUUUUAAGUUAACAUACUUUGAAAGGACCCAACAGUUGGUGGUUAAAGUUAUUGGUGCGCGUAAUCUUCCGAAAACGUACGGGACUUUAAAACCCGAAGGCUAUUUAAUUAAGGUAACUAUUUUUCCGGGGAAAGAUAAGUUAGAAACGGAAAUAUCCCCACAUUCUUGGCCAACAUUCAAUCAAGAACUUACAUUUAAUUUUCACCAAAACGCGCCGACAAUCAAAGACCAAUUUUUAGGGAAAUUUAUUACCUUAACAGUUUACGCAAUUCUUGAUAAUCCAAAACAACAAAAAACGAAUCGAUUAAGUAGAAGCCAAUCACUUAGAAAAUCAUUCAAGCUCCUUGUCGGUAUAGGAGAUGACGUGCAAGUUAGAAACACCGGAAGUUCGAAAUAUAGUUCUAAUAGGUUCACUUUUAAUAACAGAAGAACAAUAGGAGCUGUUACUUACAGUUUAGACCAUAAAAAGUUCACACAAAAAGGUUGUUCAACACAUGCAACUCCAGAUAUUUGGAGAAUAUUACAAAGUAUAACCAGCGGGGUGGACACGGAAAAAAGAGAAGCUCGUUGUAACCUCGAAGUUUCAUUAUCGUAUUUUAACAGCGAAGAUGGCAACAACGAUCGCAUGGAAAUAUCCCUAUCGAAAUUAAAAUGCAGCAUGCAAGCGAUGGAAGAACACGAAAAGCUUGGAGGCUCUUUGUAUUUAAAAAUAACGGCCUUUGAAUAUGGGGUACGCAUCGCCAGUUGGAAAAGCGACCGAUUCGACCCCACCAUCAGCAUGAAAAUAGAACCAACAACCGCCACGUUACGCGCGAUAUUCCAGUAUUACAACCUGUCCAAUGUUAAGAUCGUAAUUCGUUUUAUAUGCAAGAACUUGCUCGCCAAAAAAAUCGUACUGGGGAAAGUGGAAUUGGGCCAAGAGAGUGAGAUAUUUAAAGAGGCGGUCAAUACACCGAGUGUAGCAAUUACCAAAACCCUGAUAUUGGCUCAUUAAACGAUACUUUAUAAAUUAUUAUUGAUCUGUAUUGAUCAAUAUUUAUAUUAUGCUUUCUUUAUGUAUGUAUUGUUAAUAUUAUAUUGUUUGUAUUUAUAGCAAAGAUUGUAUUUAUUAUAUUGUGUAUCAAUUUGUUGUUAAUACUUCAAAUCCAUUGCCUCCUUAAGUAUUGGUAAAGAUACAAAGUCUCUUAUAAGAAGACGUUUAUCUUCAGCGGUCGAGGUCACUUGCGGGCGAGGCGCUACAUUCCUCCAAAACUGACGAUUUUGUGGUGAUGUAUCAAACUCACGAACCUCGGCGAUUUGAGGCAAAAUCUUUACUUAUAUAUCUUGGUAAGGAUAUAAAGUUUCUUAUAGGAACACAUUUAUUUUUAAAUCGCCGAGGUUGUUUGCGAGCGAGGCACUACAUUCCUCCAAAACUGACCAUUUCGUGUUGAUGCAUCAAAAACGGCAACCUCGGCGAUUUGAGGCAAAGUCGUUCCUUAUAUAUCUUGGUAAGGAAUAAAGUCUCCUAUAGAGACACGUUUAUCCUCAAAUCGCCGAGGUCGCUUGCGGGCGAGGCGCUACGUUCUUCCAAAACUUAUGAUUUUGUGUUGAUUCAUCAAACCCAGCGCCUCGUCCGUAAGCGACCUCGGCGAUUUGAGGCGAAAUCGUUGCUUAUAUAUCUUGGUAAGGAUAUAACGUCUUCUAUAAGAAGGUCGCCGAGGUCGCUUGCGGGCGAGGUGCUACAUUUCUCCAAAAUUGACGAUUUUGUGUUAAUACAUCAAAUUCAGCGCUUUCCCCGCAAGCUAGCUCAACUAUUUAAGGCAUAAUCGUUCCUUAUAUAUAUUGUAAAAUUAUAAAGUCUCCUAUAGGAACAUGUUUAUCGUCAAAUCGCCGAGGUCGCUUGCGGGCGAGGCGCUACACUCCUCAAAAACUGACGAUUUUGUGUUGAUGCAUCAAAGCCAGCGUCUCGCCCGCAAGCUACCUCAACGAUUUGACGCAAAAUCGUUCCUUAUAUAUCUUGUAAAAUUAUAAAGUCUCCUAUAGGAACAUGUUUAUCGUCAAAUCGCCGAGGUCGCUUGCGGGCGAGGCGCUACACUCCUCAAAAACUGACGAUUUUGUGUUGAUGCAUCAAAGCCAGCGUCUCGCCCGCAAGCUACCUCAACGAUUUGACGCAAAAUCGUUCCUUAUAUAUCUUGUAAAAUUAUAAAGUCUCCUAUAGGAACAUGUUUAUCGUCAAAUCGCCGAGGUCGCUUGCGGGCGAGGCGCUACACUCCUCAAAAACUGACGAUUUUGUGUUGAUGCAUCAAAGCCAGCGUCUCGCCCGCAAGCUACCUCAACGAUUUGACGCAAAAUCGUUCCUUAUAUAUCUUGUAAAAUUAUAAAGUCUCCUAUAGGAACAUGUUUAUCGUCAAAUCGCCGAGGUCGCUUGCGGGCGAGGCGCUACACUCCUCAAAAACUGACGAUUUUGUGUUGAUGCAUCAAAGCCAGCGUCUCGCCCGCAAGCUACCUCAACGAUUUGACGCAAAAUCGUUCCUUAUAUAUCUUGUAAAAUUAUAAAGUCUCCUAUAGGAACAUGUUUAUCGUCAAAUCGCCGAGGUCGCUUGCGGGCGAGGCGCUACACUCCUCAAAAACUGACGAUUUUGUGUUGAUGCAUCAAAGCCAGCGUCUCGCCCGCAAGCUACCUCAACGAUUUGACGCAAAAUCGUUCCUUAUAUAUCUUGUAAAAUUAUAAAGUCUCCUAUAGGAACAUGUUUAUCGUCAAAUCGCCGAGGUCGCUUGCGGGCGAGGCGCUACACUCCUCAAAAACUGACGAUUUUGUGUUGAUGCAUCAAAGCCAGCGUCUCGCUCGCAAGCAACCUCGGCGAUUUGAAGUAAAAUCGUUCCUUAUACAUCUUGGUAAGGAUAUAAAGUCUCCUAUAGCAACACGUUUAUUGUCAAAUCGCCGAGGUCGCUAGCGGGUGAGGCUCUACUUUUGAUGAAUCAUCACAAAAUCGGUUACUUUAGAAGAUUCUACCGCCUCGUCCGCAAGCGACCUCGGCGAUUUGAGGCAAAAUCGUUCCUUAUAUAUCUUGGUAAGUCUUCUAUAAGAACACGUUUAUCCUCAAAUCGCUGAUGUUGCUUCCGGGCGAGGCGCUACAUUCAUCCAAAACUGAGAAUUUUGUGUGAUACAUCAAAUCCGCAAGCGACAUCGGCGAUUUGAGGCAAAAUCGUUCCUAAUAUAUCUUGAUACAGAUACAAAAUCUCCUAUGAGAAGACAUUUGUCCUCCAACCGCCAAGGUCGAUUGCGGGCGAGGCGCUAGAAUCCUCCAAAAUUGACAUAGAGUAAAACGCCAGUAAUUGACCGUUUUUGUAAAAAAAUGUAAAAAAUAAAGAUCCAAGGAAUAUCAAAAAAAAAUUGAUUCAUUUAUAGGACAUAAACAGGUCAAACACUGAGUUUUUUAAACGAUUUUAAAUUUUAUAAAUAUAUAAGCGUAAUAUAAAUACAAGUGUAAAUGU